GAUCCCACAGCAAGGACCCGUUUGCAGCCCUUGGUCAGCUGCGUUCGAAACAAAAUAUUUCUCAUUAAAUACGCCAUGUUGGAAAUAUUCUCUUUGUAACCAUGAACCACUUUAUCUGUCCUAACACGACGUACCUCGCUUCAAACUCAAUAUGGCGGAGGAAGUGCAGAAUUUAGUUGCUCAAAAUUUUGUAAACUUACGAUGUUUUGGCUGUGAAUUAGGGCUUUUAAAUAACACUGAUGGCUCUGCUCUUUUCUCGCACGGAAACACGUCAGUCAUGGUCGGUGUUUAUGGUCCCGCUGAAGUGAGGUUUAACAAGGAAAUUGUUGAUAAAGCGACUGUGGAGGUUGUAUUUCGACCUAAAACAGGAAUUCCAGGUUGUGCAGAAAAGGCAAUGGAAAGACUGAUAAGAAACACAUGUGAUUCGACAAUUAUAACUACAUUGCAUCCACGAUCAGCCAUGACUAUAGUUGUACAGGAAGUCUGUAAUGACGGAUCUCUGCUUUCAUGUUGCAUCAAUGGCGCAUGCAUGGGAAUGCUGAACGCAGGAUUUCCAAUGAAGUAUUUAGUGGCAGCAAUUACGACUGCAAUUCUUAAGGAUGGUGAAAUAUGCACCGAUCCGAAGGCAAAACAAGAGCAGGAAGCGAAGGCUGUGUUGACGUUUGCCUUUGAGUCCGUAAAUAAAGAGGUGGUGUUAUCAAGUACCAAAGGAGUCUUCACAGUUCAGCAGUAUGAAAGGUGUUUACUAGUAUCUUGUGAUUGUGCCCAGAACAUAUUCAACUUCUAUAAAACCUCAAUAACCCGGCUACUAUCAAAGGAUGUAAAAUUUAUGGAUUUAAAUAUUGCCAAGAAGUCUAUUGAUGCGGAUGAAUUAGGCUAGGAAAUAAUUAGUGAAUAAAGUUCUGUAUCAACUGUCGUUACGUCAGUUUGACUCGGGAAAUGAUAUUUGCGAAUGAAGUCGCAGGAUUUUGUCAACAAUGUGACACAUGCUGGUAUAAUUUAAAGUUGAAUAGUAUAAUGACAAAUGGUCCUGGUAUUCUCAUCACAAAAAAGUUUUGUUGGCCCAAGAUCAUGCAUACACGUAAACGAGACAUAAACAUAUCACAAUUAUACU